AUGGCAAAUCAAAAAUUAUAAUACAAGAAAAUGGUAAAUUUAUAGAAUUUUAAGUUUUUAAAGUUGUUUGUAAAGCAAGUUGAUAAUUUAGAAUCAUAUUAAAAAGCUAUGCAUCCAGCUACUGAAAAAUUAGCUCAAACACAUGAUGAAACUUAACAGCAAUCUACACAUUUACUUGAACCAUCAUACCUAUAGUUUGAGCAUCCUGAAAUAAAUUAGUUUAUACAGCCACUAGAUUAAUAAAUAGAAAAAUCAUAGCAUGAACCAGUUGCAUAAUUCCAAAAGUACUGCAUUCACUUUUAGAUUAAUAAUUGCAAGAUUCUCCUGAAACAGCUUAGCAGUCAUAACAUAAAUUUGAAGUAUAAUCAUAGUGAUAAUUCAAACAACCUUUUAGUGAAGAGUUUUAGCACCCACCUUUGUCAACAGUUAAAGAACAGUCAACGCAAGUGCUAUAACCAUCAAAUUAUCAAAUUUGAAAUUAGAACAUAGUAUAUCUGA